CUGCGCUCGCGCACGUUACGCCAGAGCAAGAUGGCCGACACGAUGGCCACUGCGGGGGCUGGCAGCUCCGGAACGAGAUCAGGAGGUAAACAGUCCACUAACCCUGCUGACAAUUACCAUCUGGCCCGGAGGCGAACCCUGCAAGUGGUGGUGAGCUCCUUGCUGACAGAGGCAGGGUUUGAGAGUGCUGAGAAAGCGUCCGUGGAAACAUUGACAGAGAUGCUACAGAGCUACAUUUCAGAAAUUGGGAGAAGUGCCAAGUCUUACUGUGAGCACACAGCCAGGACCCAGCCCACGCUGUCAGAUAUUGUGGUCACUCUUGUUGAGAUGGGGUUCAACGUGGACACUCUCCCUGCUUAUGCAAAACGGUCCCAGAGGAUGGUCAUUACUGCCCCUCCAGUGACCAAUCAGCCAGUGACCCCCAAAGCUCUCACUGCGGGGCAGAACCGACCCCACCCGCCGCACAUCCCCAGCCAUUUUCCCGAGUUCCCCGACCCCCACACCUACAUCAAAACCCCGACGUACCGUGAGCCUGUGUCUGACUACCAGAUCCUGCGGGAGAAGGCUGCAUCCCAAAGACGCGACGUGGAGCGGGCACUCACCCGUUUUAUGGCCAAGACAGGCGAGACCCAGAGUCUUUUCAAAGAUGACGUCAGCACGUUUCCAUUGAUUGCUGCCAGACCUUUCACCAUCCCCUACCUGACGGCUCUUCUUCCAUCCGAACUGGAGAUGCAGCAAAUGGAAGAGACGGAUUCCUCAGAGCAGGAUGAGCAGACAGACACAGAGAACCUCCCUCUUCAUAUCAGCACGGAUGACUCUGGAGCCGAGAAGGAGAACACCUCUGUCCUGCAGCAGAACUCCUCCUUGACGGGGAGCCGGAACGGGGAGGAGAGCCUCAUCGAUAACCCCUACCUGCGCCCCGUGAAGAAACCCAAGAUCCGCAGGAAGAAGUCCCUCUCGUGAGCUGAGAAGAAAGCCUGCCUUGUACAGAGAUGCGGACACCACGCUCCUGGGUGGAGUUAAAGCCACUGGAGGGAAGCAGAAAGGUCCAGCCGAGGCUGCUGGGAUGACUGGGCAUGCUUUUAAUAGCAAACUCUGUGUUAAUAUUUCCCAUUUUCACCGAUGUCUGGGUUGAGGAAGAUAUGAUGUGGUGGUAAUAAUAUGAUGUGGAGGCUUUCUUAAUUAGCCCAGCUGGACUGUGGGCGUAGGAGCAGCUGGCGACUUCAUUCAUUAUCACAGGACCUGACUCCUUUGAACCCGCGAGACCAGGAAGGCAGCAGAAAGAAGGGGCUGCACCUCCUUUGCUUCCUCCAGAGGACUGUUUGCCUGGCGUCCGUUUCAGGCCGUCCGGGUCCCUUUAUUGACUCAGAAACAACCUGUAACACCAGUUUCUCACCCUAGAACCUCAGUCUUAUUUCUCUUCUCACCUGGGCUCCAAGCGCCCUGCUGAGAUGACGAAGGUGACUUUGCCUUCCCACAUGUCACUCCUUGACCUGGGCCGCAGGAGUCAGGAGGAGAGAGCAGGUGUGUCACGUGGAGGAGGGUGAUGCGCACCGACUCUCUCAUCGCAUUUGGUGGACUCUUCCUACAAGGCAGUGCCCUCUUGUGAGAGGUUGGUGUUUGUUGUCGCUCUGUGGAAUGUGUGCUUUGGGACGACUGAGUCCUGCCCCAUCCAGGAAAAGUUUUCUCUGACAAGAGCCUCUGCUUGAUAUAUUAUGCUGUGACUUGCUGGAGGAAUCCGACCUUAAACAACAGGAAAGGGCUUUGCGGCCGGGUUGGGGGAGGGGGUGGGGUCUUGAGGGCUGGAUGGCCUUGUUUGCUGAGAGCAGAGAGCCUCUUGGGUCUGCUGGAAGCUGGCACAGAAGGAAGCCAUGCGGCGGAAGCCGGCGGGCCAGGCCAAGGAGUUCUUCCAGAAGCAGAUCUGAAUCUCUUCAACCUCUUUGCAUCCUGAGGAGAGAUUUCAUCCGUCCUGACCCCUACAGACCAAAACACAGGUGUUUAAGGAAGAUGGUGGGCAAGCUGAUACCCUUUGGCUGGUCUCUGAAAGCAGAGGUUGAAAAACCAAGUCUAAGGAAGAAAAGUGCCAGUGAACCCAGAAGUUUACACAGUAGCAAUGAGGCGUCCCUGGAAUUGUAUUGAACUCUUCUUAUACUUGGCUUCCACAGUCAUCUCUCUCUUUUUUUUUUCUUUUUUUAAUUAUUUUUUUAUUUAAAAUUUUCUUAUUGAUUUUCUUUUUUUAG